AUGAUGCAGAAUGAAGAAGAAUAUGAGUAAUUUUCAUACCAAACAAAUGAUACCUACGUGUAUGCACAUGUGGAUAUGAAGGAUCCUAUGGCUGAAUAUAGCAACCAACACAAAAAGAGAAAGGGAAAUGAAUACAAGGUUUACAAGGACUUAAGAGAUAGAAAUGCAUUGCUAACUAUUUACAGAGCAGUUUAAUAUGAUGGCUUUGAUGAGUAAAACUUUAUUAAUAAAAUAAUCUCGUGGUUGUAGAAUCAUUAGAAGGUUAUAUUGCCAAAAGUGGAUACAGAUAAAUAUAAACUAAGCGAAAAAAGUUUUCUUAAGCAUAUUUUGACAUAAAUUUGUACAAAACCUGCAGAUUCAAACGCUAGUGAUUAUAUCAAGAAGAAUUUAACAUUAGCUCACUAUGUCAAUGAAGCAGCCGAAAAGCAAGGCGAAGGGUUUGUUAACAACAUCCUUAUGAUGGUUUAGGCAGUCAAAUUACAAGAUUAAGCAGCCAAAGAUCAAGAUCAAAUAUAUUUAAAUUACUUUGCUUAAGCGGUGGCUUAUUAAAUGAAAUAAUCAAAGAAACCUCAAAACCAGGGAGAGUCAUCUUUGAGAUGUAAUAAAGUGAUUUUUAUUAAUUUAACUGGAAAGGAGAGUGCAUUCAAUUUGGGAGAGUGGGAAAAAACAUUUGAAAAGUCAGAUGAGUUUGUUUACUUCUCUUUCAUCAAAGUAUUGGAAGAUAAAUAGCAAAAUUAUGAAGAGCAAUUUCAAGAAUACGAAAAAUGGUUUUCUGGCAUGGAUAUGGCGAAUUUUAAUUAUUUUUUGUUACCUUAUUAUAGUUUUUAAAAAGAGAAUAGCAACAACAUUUUACAUGGUCAAUUAGUAAAGACAUUCUUUUAGAAUUUUAUGCAUAAUAGAAUUGAGAGAUUCACACAUAAAGCUUACAUUGCUUUAAGUUUAUCCUUAUCCAAUGAUAUUGAAUAUGACCCAUUUGCUAUCUAAUUCUUGAUUAAUGCUCUGACAAAAUUGAGUAAUGACAGGUUAAUGAUUCAUAUUGACAUUGAACUUAAUGAGCGCGACAAUCACUAUGAAUAAAAACUAACUCAAUUAAUGAAUCUUUGUUAUACUUCAUUUUAAGAAUAAAACAUAGCAAUUUAGAAAAUAGUUCCACAAGAGAAACUGGAAUUAUGUGAUUUGAUCAAUAGACUAUAGAAAAUCUUUACUCAUUACAAUCUAGCCUAGUUAUACAAAUCAAUCUUAUAUAGUGAAAUCGCAAUCAAAAAUAUAUAAUAAGAAAUUAAAUAAUCAAAAAAUACACCUUUGGAGAACAAAAUAAAGGAACAUUAGAGAAUCUUUUAUAAAAAAAGCUCGCUAAAAUAUUAUAUUAUCGUACCAGAGUUGGAAAAAUAAGAUAUGUUAACACCUUACACGCAGGUUAUCAUUAAUUAUUAGGAUGAUAUCAUAAUCUUAUAUCAAGAUGGCAAAAACAAAUACUUAUAUUUCAUUGACCUCAAUAAAGCUUUUAUUAAGGAAAAGAAAUUAAUGCAAAAGCUUAAAUUUACUAAUCUAACCAACAUUUUAGGACCUUAAGACAUCAAAAAUUAAAUUGUAUUUUAUUUCAAUUUCAAUAUAUAUAUACUAUAUGGAUAAAAUGAAUCCGAUUUCAAUAGGUAGGGUUCAAGAUUCAGCCUUAAAGAUGAUGAAUUAUAUAGUUUACAAUAUGAUGAAUAACAAAAAUUAACUUAAGGUAGUUUCCAUUAAAAAGUUGCAAUUUAAAAAUUAGAGCCUUAAGUAUUAAUAGAAAAAUUGAAACCGAGAGUAUCCCCAACAGUUUGCAUCGAUAGUUAUACUGAUUAAGUUCUAAAGGUUGUCCUAUUUGGAGGAGAAAAUAUUUACACUCCUUAGAUUAUGAAUUUAGUAGAAUAUAUGGAAAUCAAGGAAACCUCCUUUUCCAGUUGUAUUAUAGAUAAGAAUAAUUUGUAUAAAGACUUGUCUUUUAAACCCUAUCCAGGUCAAACCAUAUUGAAUUUUAAGAUUCAAAAUGAUAUAUUGUAUUUGAUAUUGCCAGGGAAUGAUGUAUUGAGAUAAAAAGCCCAAAAUCAUCCAAUCAAUUCUCAAUUCUCUUAAAAUGCUAUUUUGAUGAAAAAAGGAUGCACAGAUUUUUCAAUUUCCAAUAUCCCCUUCAAAUACUAUGGAGAUGAUAAUUAUAUGUUGAGUUCAAUAUCUAACAAUUAAUAAAACUCUUAACUCAUAUUCUUUGAUGAUAAUUUGGCUGUAUGGAGAGUUAUAUACUCAUAACAAAUGAAGAGAGAGACAAUAGAAAAGGUGAAAUUGACUUUCUCUUGCUUAGCAGGAAAAGAUUAAGAAACUAAAUUUAGCAAUAAGAGAGAAAAAUGUUUUACAGAAUAACAUGAUGAAAUUGAUAUGAUUUUUGCCUAUUAUAUUGAAAUUCAGAAGGAUCUAAAUGAAGCUGAUAUUGAAUCAUUUUUUCAAAAAAAAUAUGGAUUUAAUAAAUCAAAUUAGGGAUCUGGGUAGAUAAUCUAAAAUAUAGAACAAUAAUAAUAGUAGGAAUCUAAAUUAUAAUAAGAGGGACCCUGGUAAUUUAAAAUUCUAGAUGAAGCUGACUUUGAACCAUUGUUUCAAAAAAAAUAUGAAUUAAAUAAAUCAAAAUAGGGAUCUGAGUAGAUAUUCUAAAAUAAAGAAUAUUAAUAUUAGGAAUCUAAAUUAUAAUAAGAGAUGAAUGAUAAUAUCAAAAAAUACAUAAAAAAACUUAAAUCAGGAAAAUUAUUUGAUUUAUCAGAUAAUAACUUUAACAGGAAUUUCGGAAUGCAAGAAGAAAGAGGAAAUUACAAUGACGAUCCAUACUUCCAACAAGAGUUUUUUAAAUCGAAUGUGUUAGAUAUUUAUGAUGCAGAUACUAAUCAAUUAUUCUCAGUUGCAUUUGAGAAUUAUCUUUAUUUGGAUACUUAAACCAAACAAUUAUCAGUCAAACAAUUCACAUACUUAAUUGGAGAUCCCAUAGGCAUGCCUUAAAUUGAUAUUAUAAACUAAUAGGGUAUGUAGGAAGUUACAAGUGCAAAAAUUACAUGA